AUGCCCCUUGAGGUCGGCGCAAUGGUCCUAAGUACAUACGCGCAAACAGCGGCGCAAGCGAUACUAAACCCAGUUACAUCGGCCGUCUCAAAUAGAUUGUCACCCUAUAAACCAGGCACAAUCACACAAACGGCAGCAGAAACCGCAUACUCUCUAAGCGGGGCGGAAGAUCGCGUCGCGCGCAUGAGAAACCACAGAGGCAACGAUGAUUCAGCCCCCGCCGAUGAGACGGAAAGUCGAGCCAGACAAAUCCAAGAAUACCAAAAGGCCGCGGCGCUGGAAAACGGCCCGCAGUCCCCCUUCCCGAUGGACUUUAAAGCGCGCACUCAGCCCGAAACUCAGGGACCAUUCGGCGAAACCCCGCGGUACACACUUACCAAAGUCCCGGAUACAGUACUGGACAAACUACGCGGGUAUUUCCUCGCCUGGGCACGCUACGACUUCGACAGGAGACCGUCAAAUACACCUCCUAAGUCACCUACUCAGUUUCCAAGUUCACCAUACACUCCUUACAACCCCGACACAGCACAUCUGACACCAUCCAACCCACCGGACCUCCAAACCCAAAGUCAGAAAAGCCUCUGGUACCCAACAAUCCUCUCCAUCAGUCCCUUAAACCCAUCAUACCAGGGCAGGGUGAACCUAAACUCAGCGAUGCAAAAAGUAACUCUCCUCCGGUUCAUCGACGAAAUCCACAUCCCGACUUCAAGCAGGGUGCAAAUCCGCGUCAUGUGUUUUCUGCGGCCGGAUAUCCCCCUUCCGUCUCCGUCUGGGAUGACGGAGAAAGAUCUUGUUGUUGCGCGAGAGAGGGCAGCCGAGGCGGAGAUUCUGGCAGAUGCGUGUGACAUUGACUGUGCGCAGGGGAUACUCGAGCAUCCGGCUUGGGCACCGGAAGUAUUCGGUGCUUCUGAGCGGCAGGGAGGCUGGAUCGAUCGCACGAGAGAGGGCGUGGAGAAUGCAAGGACGCGGGCGGAGAAGAUGGUUGAAAAAGUGCCGCUCCAUUGGCUUGGGGUUCGGUCGGCGACGGCGGAGAUGCGGGAUCGACAGGUGGAGGUUAAUGGGUUUUAUAUUGUUCGAUAG